GAUACUGGGCUCGAUCACUCUCUCAGGCCUGUAUAACCCAUUUAUAUGCAUAAAUAUAGGGCACCUGUUUCUCAGUAAGACGCGAGAAGCAAAGCUAUUAGGAGAAUUAUAAGAAGAAGAUGAUUAUACCAGUUCGUUGUUUCACCUGUGGCAAGGUGAUUGGAAACAAAUGGGAUACGUAUCUUGAUCUUCUCCAGGCUGAUUAUGAAGAAGGAGAUGCUCUUGAUGCACUUGGUUUGGUUCGCUACUGCUGUAGGAGAAUGCUGAUGACUCAUGUUGACCUCAUUGAGAAGCUUCUGAACUACAAUACUCUAGAGAAAUCCGAGGGAAGCUGAGCCUGAAUUUCUGGUGGCAGUUGGAUUCUGUGGAGCUUUUGAAUUUGUGAUGGAAAAUAUUGAAGGACUAACUAGUAACUGCUGCUGUAAAACUGUUAUAAGAUGAUGCUUCUGUGACGAUUGUGUAAACAAUUUAUGAAAUAUUUGAAUAUUGUGUGCUGGCCCGUUUAUCUGAACAUUUUCUUUUGUAGUUGAUGUAUGGAAUUUUAUACCCUUUGCUUGCAAUGAUAAUGCAGUUGUCUA